UUUCCUUCAACUCACUCCACUAUAAUGUCCUCUGAUGCUAAUUCGCAUCCAGUGCAAAAUAUGAUCAAUCUAAUGGGAUCUACUCAUCCAGCUGUACAAGAUUCACUACCCCGACUUAGUGAAAUAAUCACUCAGAAUGACAGGUUGCCAAGCGAGUCCGCUAAUACUGCAUCUAAUAAAUCUCAAAGACCCAAGUUUAAGCGCUCAAGGGAUGGCUGUCUUACCUGCCGCAAGCGAAAGGUCAAAUGCGAUAUGAUGACCCCUGUUUGCUUAAAGUGCACAAGUCUCGGUCGAGAAUGCACUUACCCUAAUCCAAAUGAAACUCAGAAUAACAAGCGUAGGAAAGUAUCUAGUCCUUCGACUUCUGCUCGCUCGGUGGAGCCACCCGAGACAUCAAGCCAUACAGAGCGCACGAAGCAGAACUAUCAAACAACCUACAUUGAUCCUUUCGCUGACCCUGAACUUUCUCUAAAACGUCUUCAAGCCCUUCUUGGCAGCAAAUUGCUUGCUCAGCUCAUCCAAUCUGCCCCAGACGUUAAAGUAGAAUCUGAAGAGUUAGCUCUACCGGCUAUUUACGACUCUUCAUCCCAACAUCAUCUCCCAUCAGUUCAACCAAUCACUCAGAACACUUUACCGGUACCUUCAACCAGCUCGGCUAUGUCUGUCUUACCUUCAGGGUCAUCAGCUCUUCCUCCAACUUCCUUCUUUGAUCCAGCUACUUCAAGGAUGCUCCCUCCUCAAUUAGACCCAGCUAUGAUGAACACCAGUACUAUGUCUACCGUCUCUGUCCCUUUUAGCUCCUUCAACAGUAACUUGGUAGGAACGAAUUCUCCUCCUGCGUUCGCAAGUGAAUAUGCUAACUAUGUAUCACCUCCGCCUUUUUUUCCUUCACCUCCCAUACUCAAUGGAAACACAGAGAAUGAAUAUGUCUAUAAUAGACCAUCACCAGCGACAUCAACUUCAUCCCCUAGCUCUUUGCCACCUUUAAUUAAUGACAGUUUCCAACAUUCGAAUAGCAUUAUCAAUGCCAAUCCUCAAUCCCGUCAAUUAUUACACAACUUCCUCAGCGAAUCUAAGAAGUUACUUUGCGCUAUAAAUGAACCUAAGAAUCCUUUUCUAGCUUUGUCAAUACCUUUGGUUUUAAAUUCAAAUCAAGCCGCUAUCACAUAUGGUAUUUUAGCCAUUUCAGCUACUCAUAUGCACUUCAUACGUCAAAAGCAAGGUUUGGAGGCCAGUCAAGAACUCAAUUUGUCGAAGCACCUUAAAAGUAUGGCGCUAAAACAAGUCAUGAUGCCACUAUUGAAUGAUGCUCACAAUAAUCAGGACGUUGACAUGUCACUUUUAGCAUUCAUCGCUGUGCUCAAAUAUGAUGUUUUAAGUGCCAGUGUCGAUUGGAGACAAAGUAUGAACGUUGCAUUGGCUUUAGUGAGGAAUUUAGGUGGUCCAGCCGCUAUGCUUGGCUUAGAUAGGAAUCUUCGUUUGAUGCAUAACGUAUCGAAAAAGUCUUUAUUUAUUAGGAAGACAUUCUUAGAAGAAUUAACUGCUCAUGAAGUAUUUGCUUGCCUAACGACAGGUGAAACUCCUCAAUUGCUCGGUGAUGAUAAUCAAUCUUGGUGGUUCGAUAUGGAAACUGAUGAAAAACUCAACAGCGAACAUUAUGAAAGCUUUGAAAGGAGUUAUGGUAUGAGUAGAUACAUGUUGGAUAUAAUUGCACGGUCUUGCAAGCUCUAUAACCAAAGACGGAACCUUAAAAUACCCAUUCCGAUUGAUGAAAGUGAAGCGGAGUCUCUCAAAGGCAUUUUACCUGUUGAAUUGUUAAACGCUAUGCAGGAUCUUCGUUCACGGACUUUUGCUAUGUAUGGCGAAUUGGAGAAUAUGACUAAACAAUCUGUUGUUAUUAGACAUCAAAGAGUCGAGUGUGGUGACCUCAUUUAUAGACACACUCUAAUGAUUUUCUUAUCAAGAGAGAUUUUUAACAUUUCAAUGCAAGAUAGUAGCAUACAAUCGGCGGCUAGAGCAGUUUUAGGUCUUUGUAGUGAAGCAACUCGUGAAAUGGGCAUGGCAGUUAUGCUGAUUUGGGCUAUUAUUAUAAGUGGUGUACAAAUGUACAAACCUGAGGAUAGGGAUUGGGUUCAGCAACUCUUUAGUUCCUGUCGAGAAUGGUAUUGCUCAGAUUUGGAGUGCGCUGAAAAGAUUGUAAAGGAAUGCUGGCAGAGGCAAGAUAAAGGAAUCGCUAAUAAAGACUGGAGGUCUGUAGCCAGAGACCUACAAAUCGACGUUAUGAUGUUAUAAAAACAUCAUUGUAUCUGAAUAUUCCUUAGCAUAAGCAAAGCAAAUUAAGAAACGACGGAUAAACGUUUCAAAUGUAAUUUUAAACUUUCAUGAUAAUCAAUUUUAAUUGCGAUGUAAGAAUGCAUUCAUCAUUAG